GUAUCUGACUCACCCAAGCUACAUUUUCGUGUUUUUGCCCAUGUCUCUCCCAGACUUUCGUUUACUUGUUUGCACUUGGCUAAGAGGGAAGGAAGGCUCAUUUGACACACUGGUACCUAAGAUUAUGUUUCUGUACAGGUCUUGCCAAGAUAGGACUGAUUUUGUGGAAAAUGAAUGAAAUACUGCAGAGCGUGUGAGUGGCUGUGAGGAAUCAGGCAGUCCUGGGAAGGAGGUUUUAAAGGAGUAUUGGAACAGAGCGGACUCCGGUGGUUGCUGGGCACGUUUCUAUAUAUAGGAAGUCUGUUCACAGCCCUGCAGCGUGAGCCUCUCUUCGCCAUCUGUGACCCAAAGGAAGUGCUGUCCCUGGCAGCAUGCGUCUCCUCUUGCUUCACAUGCUUGUGUUCCUGCCUCUGGGGAAGGCCAGCGGGCACUUGGAUGACCACCAGAGUCCCAGUGCUCUUUCCCUCGAGCUCCUAGAAAGGAGUCACAGAGAGCUCGCCAUGGCCAACCCUGAGGAAGCUGAAGAUAAGCCAGAUCUGUUUGUCGCGGUGCCACACCUGGUAGGCACCGGCCUGGCUGAGGAAGGCCGAAGGCAAAGAGAGAAGAUACUGUCCAGAUUUGGCGGGUUCUGGAAGAAGACUCAGAGAGACUUGCAUCCUCCUAGGGACUUGGAAAGUGAGCACUUCCCACUCACAACCCAAGCUCUCCCUCAGCCAAAGGAUGGGAUGAAAGUCGAGAAAUCUCCUCUCCGCGAAGAAGCCAAAAGAUUCUGGCAGCACUUUAUGUUCAGAAAGGGUCCAGCUUCUCAGGGUGUCGUCUUGCCCAUCAAAAGCCAUGAGGUGCAUCAGGAGACCUGUAGGACGGUGCCCUUCAGCCAGACUAUUACCCACGAGGACUGCGAAAACGUCGUUGUCCAGAACAACCUUUGUUUUGGGAAAUGUGGGUCUGUGCCUUUUCCCGGAGCCGCCCCCCGCCCCCACCUCUUCCGCUCCCACUGCGCCCCGGCCAAGUUCACCACGAUGCGCUUGCGGCUGAACUGCACCGGGCCCGAGCCUGUGGCCCAGGUAGUAAUGCAGGUGGAAGAAUGCCAGUGCAGGGUGAAGACAGAGCACGGCGCUGGGCACCGCCUGCACGCCGGCUCCCAGGACCCCUUCAUCCCUGACAUUUCCACUUAGAAAGCGAUUCCACUGUUACCUCCGAAAGGCAAAACCACAACAGCAAAAGUGAUAGCCCUUCAGCCUGCGGGUGUCCAGUGGGUGCACAACGCUGACAGGAAAGGUGGUCUGCACAUGGCUCGGUUUAGAGGAAAUGAUAUCCAUCUAGUUAAUGGCAAAUUUUUGGGAUCUGGUCUUGGCUAGAAUGCUAAUGAAAAAGUUUUUUCCACCUAAAGUUUUUUUUUGUGUGUGUGUGUGUGUGUGUGUGUGCCUAUAAAAGAAGAACUUGACUCUGGUGAUUGCUAAAGUUCUUUACACUAAAGCCCAUGAUCUGUUUUCUCCAAAUUUUGAUUAAAACCCUCUUUUGAAAGAAGAACAUGGACUAUAAAAAAUGGACUUUUUAAUAGCUUGUCAGAUUAACCAGGAAGAAACAUAGAAAAAGGUAGGGUAUUUUCAAAAAGGAUCCCUCAGUGUUGUACCUGCCUUUGUGACCCAGGAAAUGCUUUGACACUGUGUGUGUGUGUGUGUGUGUGUGUGUGUGUGUGUGUGUGUUUGUGUGUGUGUGUGUGUGAUAUUAGGGCUUCAAACCUAAUAGGGUCUUCACUCUGAGCUGUGUCCCCAGAUCAUUUUGUUUUUUUUGGGACAGAGUCUCACUAAGUUGCUAAAUUGCUCAGAAUGGGCUGGAACUACUAAUUCACCGGCUUCAACUUCCCAGGGUGCUGGGAUUAUAGGCACGUGUGCCUUCGCUCAGGUAACUCCUUUCCUAAAUGUGAGAAGUCAGUCACUUGAUUGCCUUUUUUUUGGUACUCCCCAAGUAAAGUUCUUAAUGUCAGGUCUUUGGCUUUGAAGAAAGAACACUGGUACUGCUUUUAGCAGUUCACAAGAAAGAGGGACAAUCACUGGUAGUCAAAUGAGUAUUUAUAUCAUGAGAAAGGAAAACUAUAUGACCAGGACCAAACUUAGAGGUCACUCCCAAGAUCUAAUGAGAAUAACCAAGAAAUUCACCAGAGUUCAAAUUUAAUAAAUUGUGAGUGAUUUGAAAUUGAAGCAAUUUACAGGUGAAAUACUUUAUCCAUCUGCCUUUUUGGAUUAGGUAGUAAAUAAGGUUUCUCUGUUGGGUGACUUUUUACUAUUGUAUAAGACUUUUGACAAAUUCUACUCAGCAAAUGCCACAAGUUCAAAAAACAUGAAUGUUUGAAUGAAUGAAUGUUUAAAUGUAUGAAACACUAGUGUAUGUUGCAUUCUGGGAUUUUGUGGAUGUAAAUGUCUUAUAUUUUGCCCUUAUUUGGUUUCCUCGUCUCAGGUGAAGAGUACUGUGGGGGGAUUUGUCACAAGCAUUUUGAAAUGUCUUCAUGGGCUAUGACACUGGCCCGUGUGUUUCUUUGACUUCACAAGCUGCCUCUGUUUAAGUCUUUUGACCACUGACUUGUAAUGGCCUCCUUUCUGCCUGUAUUUAUUUAUAUGCAUAGAUCACACAGAAUUGACUUUCCCCAGCCAGAUUGCUUUCUUAUAAUAAUUCUUCAUAGGUUUGUUGUAAUAAAUUACUUGAUUUUGAUCUUUGCAUUUCGGUACAUACACAUGCACACA